AUAUCAAACGGAAGUGGCUCUGAUACCCGGUGGUUGUAGUUUUGUUUUGGUCGGCGCUUGAUAGUUUAGCCUACUUUAGCAAUAAUACGUCUAUUAAUAUUCAAGAGAUGGACUGCUGCAUUGUAUCUGCUCUGUGGUGUCUCAUACCACUUUAUUUUCUUCUACACUUUCUGUGUUUCAUUUUCGCGGACGCAGAUUUCACUCUGCUGUGGGCAACUCUGACAGGACAUGGGCCAGAAAAAAAGCUAAAAGGGUUGGUAGUGUGGGUCACUGGAGCUUCCAGUGGCAUUGGAGAGGAGCUUGCCUAUCAGCUGGCUCGCUGCGGGUCACAUCUUAUCCUUUCUGCUCGACGUGAGGAUGAGUUAAAGAGGGUGAAACGUCGCUGUUUAGAGCACUCUGACCUCAAGGAUAAAGACAUUCUUGUUCUCCCACUGGAUUUGUUGGAGAGGACAUCACAUGAAUUAAAAACAAAAACUGCAAUCCAGUACUUCGGACAUGUUGACAUCCUCAUUAACAAUGGCGGCCGAAGCCAGCGUUCUCUGUGCAUGGAGACCACUGUUGAUGUGUAUCAGGCUUUGAUGGAGCUCAACUUCCUGGGUACAGUCUCUGUCACUAAGCAGGUGCUGCCCCACAUGACUCAGCGAGGCACGGGGACCAUUGUGACUGUCAGCAGUAUUGUUGGCAUUGCUGGAGCACCCCUGUCAACAGGAUACUCUGCUAGCAAACAUGCUCUUCAGGGCUUCUUUAAUUCCUUGAGGAUCGAGCUGACUGAAUUUCCAAACAUACUCAUAAGCACAGUGUUACCGGGGCCUGUGCAAUCACAGAUUGUCCAAAAUGCCUUCACAGAGGAACUGAACAAGCCUGUGGCCUCAGCUGGUAGUCAGGAACACAAGAUGCCAACAAGUCGCUGUGUGCGUUUAAUGCUGGUGGGAAUUUCCAAUGGUGUCAAAGAAAUGUGGAUUGCACAGCAGCCCUUCCUUCUGUUUUACUAUGCCUGGCAGUAUGCUCCCACAGUUGCCUGGUUCGCCACAAACCUGAUGGGACGAAAAAGGGUGCAGAAUUUUAAAGCUGGUCUGGAUGCAGACUCUGCAUACUUCACAAAGCCCAAGACUUCCUGAGAGUCACGACCACAAGAUGAAACCGGUUUAAAGCAACCCAGCAGUUGAAGAUUAAGCAUGGGAUGGGUUAUCCUGCUAAUGUAGGGGUCUUCACCUUCUAGAAAGAAAACAUUAAACAUCUGCUCUACUUCCAAAGCAUCACAGGGUUGGAGGAAAAGCUGUGUAUUUUCAGUGGUUUCAUCACAAAUGAAAAGUACGUCUGUUAUUUUUCCUGUUUUGUAAUGAACGCAUUCAGACUAUAUAACCUUCAUGUUGAGAGCCAUGCUAUGGUAUGCUAUGGACUUCACUUCCACAAUAAAAAUCUGCAUAUAUUUUU